AUGAAACCCAGGGCCAGCCCAGCUGGGAAAAGAUAAAAAGGCCUUUUGGUGGCUCGGUGGCUCACUCCGGCUGGCUCCCUCUUGCUCUCAGCUGCUUUCUCACUGACAAUCAUGCGGUCCUCUUUGUCCAGGCAGACUUUCUCCACUAAAGGGGGCUUCAGCUCUAACUCAGCCAGCGGGGGUGGCGGGAAUCGGAUGAGAACCAGCUACAGCUCAGUGACUAUGUCCAGGAGCAGCGGCGGUGGCUGUGGGGUCCGCUCUGGGUCCAGCUCCGGGGGCUUUGGCAGCCGGAGCCUCUACAACUUGGGAGGCAAGAAUAUCUCCAUCAGCUUGGCUGGUGGGGCCUCCUCUGGCCGGGCACUAGGAGGCUUUGGCAGUGGGGCCUAUGUGGGCUUAGGGGCUAGCAGGCAGACAUUUGGGCCAGUCUGUCCUCCCGGCGGGAUCCAGGAAGUCACUGUCAACCAGAGCCUGCUGACGCCUCUCAAUGUGGAGAUAGACCCCGAGAUCCAGCGGGUGCGCACCCAGGAGCGCGAGCAGAUCAAGACCCUCAACAACAAGUUUGCCUCCUUUAUUGAUAAGGUACGCUUCCUGGAACAACAGAACAAGGUGCUGGAGACGAAGUGGGCCCUGCUGCAGGAGCAGAGCCAGAACACAGGGGUCGCCAGAAGCCUGGAGCCUUUCUUUGAGAAUUACCUGAACACCCUGAGGAGGCAGCUGGAUACCAAACAGAGCGAGCGGGGGCGGCUGGAUAUGGAGCUAAGGAACGUGCAGGAUAAUCUGGAGGACUUCAAGAACAAGUAUGAGGAUGAAAUCAACAAACGCACUGCCUUGGAGAAUGAGUUUGUGUUGCUCAAGAAGGAUGUAGAUGGCGCAUACAUGGGCAGAAUGGAUCUGCAUGGCAAAGUGGACGCCUUGACACAAGAGAUUGACUUCCUGCAACAGCUCUUCGAGAUGGAGCUGAGCCAAGUGCAGACCAAUGUGUCUGAUACCAAUGUGAUCCUCUCCAUGGACAACAACCGCAGCCUGGAUCUGGACAGCAUCAUUGCUGAGGUCAAAGCCCAGUAUGAGUUGAUUGCCCAGAAGAGCCGGGCUGAGGCUGAGUCCUGGUACCAGACCAAGUAUGAAGAGCUGCAGGUGACAGCUGGGAAGCACGGGGACAGCCUUCGAGACACUAAAAACGAGAUCGCAGAACUUACUCGCACCAUUCAGAGACUGCAGGGCGAGGUGGAUGCAGCCAAGAAACAGUGCCAGCAGCUGCAGACAGCCAUUGCAGAAGCAGAGCAGAAUGGGGAGAUGGCACUCAAAGAUGCUAAGAAGAAGCUUGGAGAUCUAGACACAGCCCUGCACCAGGCCAAGGAGGACCUGGCCCGGAUGCUGCGUGAAUACCAGGAUCUCGUGAGCGUCAAGCUGGCCCUGGAUAUGGAGAUCGCCACCUACCGCAAGCUGCUGGAGAGCGAGGAGAGCAGGAUGUCUGGAGAUUGUCCCAGCGCAAUCAGUAUCUCGGUGACCGGCAACUCUACCUCCGUGUGCGCAGGAGGCGCGUCUGGCUUCGGGAGCGGCCUCUCUCUGGGCGGAGCUGGCGGGGCCAGCAAGGGCGGCUUCGGUGCUAGUGUGAGCUAUGGCUCUGCCAAAGGCGGUCAGGUCUCUGGGGGAACCUCCAUCCUACGGAAGACCACCACAGUCAAGACCUCUAGCCGGAGAUACUAGCGGCAAGGCUUUUGGAGUUGGGCCUUGGUCCUCGUGCUGGCCAUGGCUUCUCGGGACCACAAGGCUGAGUAUUUGUAGUGCACAAUUUACAUAUAAUUUGCAUUUGGGAAAGGGCUCGCGUUUACUCAGGUUUUUCUCCUUGGUUAUGCAGUGGAAUGGGAGGGAAGUUAGGGUCUCCAGCUGGUUGAUUUGGGGGUGACCUGACCAUUUAGAGGGGGUAGGGUGUCCAGUUCUACUUUUCACCUCAGCAGACCUGCUCUGAGUUCAGGGCAAGCUGCAGGAGGCAGAAGGGGUUGCCAGAGACCUGCAGCUCCUCAUCCUCUCACCAGAACCGCCUUGUCACCUCAUGGUCAAGUCCCUGUCUGUGCCUGUGAUGUGUCUCAAUAAACAGCAACUACCGCAA